AUGUCUACACAGCGACAAGGCAACGAAUUGCUCAUAGGACCUGACAUAAGCAUUCCAAGGACCUCUUUUACAGCAUUCCGGCUUACAUAUUGUAAUCCGAAGGAGAUUUACGAGAGCUCGCGGGUUGUAUCUAUUGGCCCGAUUCCACAUCUAUGGCUUGGAAGCUCAGAGCCAUGUUUCUUGAAGAAGUUUUCGGAGAAGUUCCACAUAGUCACCAAGGCGAAGCAGAUGGUAGGCUUGGUUGACAACAUGAUUGGUGGUUCCGAGAGUGUGGUUGAUGGGGUCGGUAACUUUUAUGCUACGGAAGACCUUGAACCUGGAGCGAGAUCUCCUGCCAAACGAGGAUCACGGAUAAGAAGGACGAGGUCUGAGCAGACACCAAUUGCUUUGGACUUUUUCUUGAGCCACGACUCAGCAAGUGAUGAUUCAGAUGAAGAGGAUGAUGAUCUGCGACGUACUCGCAGUCUAGAUUCGGGAAUGGUUGGCUCCGUGUUUAGUGCAGAACGACACAUGAAGCAACGAUUAUGGAAUGCUAAAAGUGAUGCUCUUCUUCUUCUGGAUCACACAGAUGCAGAUUUGCAAGUUUCCAAUAAAGAUGUUGACUCUUUGAGAGACUCCCCGAGAGAUUCCUUGGAAGACUCCUUGAGGGACUCUUCUUCCGAGUCGUUUGUCACUGCCAAUGAGUACAACCUGGAGUCUACCCCAGACGACCAAGACUCUGAAGAUUCCGUUAAUGACGAAGUAUCUGAACACGAGAGCAAUAAUGAUAAUGCUAAUGAUAAUGAAACAAUCCAAGAGGCUUCGGUGAGAACCUUCAACGGAACUAUCUUAACUUCCGGUUCAACUGAAGCAGCCAUUGAGAAGCCUGAGGUGGUCGCCGCUGUGCCGCCUCCUCCAGGCCUGCAACAACAUAAUGGAAUAUUAUCCCGGACUUCCUCGGUAGCUGAUGGUGCACGCCCAAUUGUCAACGCUGUCUCUUUCAGCAGUCCAGUUCCACUGGUUCGUCCGAAGACUGGUCUGUUGAAAAGGCGAAAAUCUGCCAAAGUUCUACACGAUGUUCUCCCAGAGCCAGAGUUUAUUACCGAUGCCCAUGUAAAGAUCAGUACUCUGAAAGUCCCUCAUUUCAAGCUACAAAAACAGCUGCGCAAACGGGCCGUGUGGGCCCGGGCCAGAUUUCUGAUGGAUAUAAACCGCGUUGAAAGAACCUUGAAGCUGGACAGGUUCUUCUCCAGCUUUGUGAAGGGUGAAGUCAUCAAGGUUGAGAAGAUGCUUGUAAUGGUGCUAGGUGAUGAUAACAUUAGAGAGUCCACAACGGGAGAUCGAAUCCUUGAACGCUGGAAAGAGUAUGUGGUAGUUGCUCGUUCUAGAAACGAUUAUGAAGAGCCUCUGCUCGUCCAGUUCUUCAAGGAUAGAGACAUAUCCAUCGUUGGAGAUGUUGAGCAGACAAUCACAGACCUAGAUUUCAAAGUGAACAUCUCGUCCACCACUGUGAGACCUUACAGUGCAUUGGACAAAAAUCUCUGUGUCACCAUCAAGAAAGGAGAUCAGAAAGUGCGAUAUAUCUUACAAUGCCAGGCCCAGUCAUCUUCGUUGAAGUGGCUUCAUCUUUUUCAGAUGGUGCUAGGUCAAUCAAGCAAGGGUCAGGUCACCAAGAUAUUUCUUCCCCAUCUUCACCUGAGCCUUGGAAUCAGGCUUCCUAAAGAUGCACUCUCAAUAAAAUUUGCAGAGACAGCUAACUCGCAUACACUUGAGUUGUCCUACAAUCCCAUUGGAUACAAAGUAUCGAAACUUCCGAUCUAUGACUACAUCAUAGACGUGAUCAUGGCAGCACUCAAAACGAUGAACCCGGACAAGGUAUUUUCACAGAGACAAACCCAAAGGCUGUUGGAGCUAACAUCAAACCAUUCCUCUCUAGCAUUUGCUUGGAGGCAUUAUGACAGGCUGGAAUGGGUAUUUGGUGAGAAUCUGAAGUAUCUUUCUGGGCAAAUUCUUGAGCAAACACAUGAUCUGGAGCUGAGACAAAUGGUGCACUAUUCUAGACACGUUCUUACCACUGAUGGCCUCCUGAUACACGAGCCUCCCCCUGUGGAAGGAUUUUUGGCUCUACUUACCAAUAGAGGUGGGAGUAUGAUAUCAGCAUUGGGAAGAAAUGUAUACAGGCUGGUCUAUUGCUUUACAAACGACAAUCUCUUGAUGUUCACGAGAUUCUCCAAUGCCGUUCCAUAUUUUGAGCGCCCGGAUAUCAUGUCACCAACUGGUGAGGUGCUGGAUGCAGCAGCUCUACAAAAAGCUCGACAGUCACGGCCUCUAGUCUCUGAUGUGUCGAUGUACCCUUUAGACUCGGAUGAUCAUGUCACAUGGCUGAACCCAGAAAUGUCCAAGGAAGACUUUGAGAGGAACGAUCGCAGAGCUUUGUUAGAAAUGGAAAGAAGAGCUGCCCAGGUUGUUCGUGCCAGUGGAAUGGUUGAUUUAUGUGAUGUUUUGGAAAUCAAAGCCUUAGACUCCUCGCAGCUGAAGCACAUAGUCAACCUGGCAGGUUCACUUGCUUGGACCGGUGCUCCUGCUUACGCAAACGAUGAUUCUUUCAAAGACUCCAGUUUUGAGGUGAUUAGAAGAGACGGUACAAGACUAGUUUUCCAGGCCUUUUCCUCCGAAGUUAGGCAAGAAUGGAUGGACCGACUGCGCAGUAUCUCGGAAUAUUGGACGAACCGCAAGCGUGAGGAUAUGAUUGAUCUGGUUAGGGUUCGUGAGAGGAACAUGGAUAACCUCAACGUUGAUGAGUAUACCGAGUCUACUAUCGCCGAGUCAACGUCGAAGUGGGAGAACUCAAUGGGAUCUGCUGAUCCCCAUGUCUAUCCUAUUACAUCUCAUGCUAUGACUAGAACAGUGGUACGGUGUGGCAUUUUAUAUCAGAAGCCGAAACGCCAUUCUGCUUUCCGGAAGUACUAUGUGGUUCUGUGUCCUGGUUUCUUGCUUCUUUAUCGAAUGUUCAGGAGAAGUGCAAGAGAUAGCACUAUCAAGCCAACCACUUAUUACCGCCGGUACAUGUCGAUUCCCCUAAAGGAUUGUUACAUAUACUCGGGGGAGUCCACUGCUUUAGAUCUGCUGAAGAGGAAUACGACUUUUGACCAUCUACAUCCCGGGCAUCACUCUUUGCCCCGUGUUUAUCCCGACGGCUGGAAAUCUUCGGAGGAAGAGCCGUCUCGUUGCUUUACUAUAUGGUUUGGUUCGAAACGAGUACUGGUACAAAAUUCGAAGGACAAUGACGGCAAUCCAGGGAUUAUAAGAGCUGUUAAUCGGUUGGGUGUCACUGGUCGCUCUGCCGUGUUCAUGGCUAGAUCAAGGCAAGAGCGAGAUAUCUGGGCUACUAACAUUUUUGUUGAGAUUGAGAGGUUUUCCGCACCUUCUCAUAGUGAGAUUAACCUACGAUAG